ACCUCAAAUCCGAAGUUCAAGAAGUCGUUAAAGCUAUGAUGUUUCUACGCUUCACUGGAUCCGGAGAAGAGCUAGAUGAAUUUGUUGACAAACGGUUUGUGCAUGUUAUAAAAACAGAGCAAUUUCAGGCUUCGUGCCACGAUUGGCUGGCCCAGGAGGAUUCUGUCCGCCGAGAUAAACAGGAUCGUCUCAGAAAGGAGCGCCUAGACGACAUCUGUGCGAGACUGCGUCCGCUCGGCUGGGAGCCUGAGCUAAGUAUGCUCGAACAAGAUGGCAGUCGACUCUUAUCUAACCAUAGACUUGUCUGCAUGACGAGUAAGCUGACCGAACACGGUGCGUAGUACUUCCAGCAACCGUGACACUGCUCAUCUCCACACUGUG